AACAGUCAUGAAAUUUGUUAUGUAUAUAAAUUAAAGGCCCCUUUUUCAUGCCCGCACCAUUUGACAUUUGGGGACCUCAAGGAAUCGCAGCCAUCUUGGAAAAUGUGUACCAUCUAGGAGAAAUUCGCGUUUUACUCAAAAUCUACGUUCUUUACGAAAAUAUCGUGUAAGGCAACAUUCAAGCUUAUUAAAUUCUACACAAAAUAGUCUCAGAUAUCUUUGCGGAAAAACUACAUCUUCCUAUAAAAAUUACUUGUUGAACCCAUUUUAAGCGCUUAUACCCUUUCAGGGGAUAUUCUCUUAAUAGGAAACUUGAAAGAAUAUGAAUUCCACUUUUAACUAUAAGUACAUUUAUACCUACAUGAUCUACCCCAAUAUCAAUAUUUUACUUGACUGCGACUUAACCAGAAAGAAAGUAGCUUUUUAUUUAGUUAUUCUAAAAACCAUAGUUUGUUCUCAAUUGCAUCCGUUUUUUUCAUUUGAAGUUUACUGCUUUUUUAUCGGUACACCCCUUAGUGCUGUUUGGUCGCAGUUAAUCUAACAUACUCCUACGCGCUUCCCUCGUCAUCGCACUUAUCUGGCCUAUGGAAAAUAACUAGACGUUUUUAUAUUAAUAAAUAAUUGACCAAUAGAUUAAUUUGGCGAAUACAAUGUAUUAAAAUUUUUGUAAUACUUAUGUAAUUUAUAUAUUUACCUACUUUACAAAAAAUGUAGUUUAGGUACCUACCAAGUUAAAUUAUUUAUCAUUAUGAAAAGUUGCCGAAUGUUGAUUGUCAAUGUAAAAAACAAAAAUCCUACGGUGAAAAGGCAGAUCACCCAUCUAACCUAACUCCAAAAAGACUCUAAAUGUGAUCCCUAUUUGAAAAACGGAUGAAAAAAAGUAUCCUGUUUAUACUUAAUACGAUACGAUGUCUUACAUCUGUAAAACCAGAGUGAAAUAAUUGGAUUGACCAAAAUAAGCGCUGUCUGGGCAGAUAAGUAAUUUGGGAACACUAUUAACACCGGCCGUGAAAAUUAACCAGUCGUGCCGGUUAAUCUCCUAAGAACUCGUUCAGUAAUGAAAAUACAACACCAAUAUAACGUCAAUUUUAUAUGAAUUAGACAGUCCUGUAAGAAGAGCGAGCGAGUGCACACACCCAACACGUUUUCAGUAUAGUCAUAAAAAUAUGUGUCCUUUUACAUUUAAACGUUACAUAAAGCAUUUAGUUUUUAUCAAGUUCUUAUAAUUAACAUAGAUAAAAGUACAAGCCAAUUAAACUACCUAAGAUAGGUAGUAUACUUCAGCUAGCCUGAACAAAUAUCUAAAUACCAUGGAUUUACUACCACGCUGGUUGUACUUGUGAGCCGUAACCUGUUUAAGUUAAAUAUCCAUUUAAGUAUUUUUUUUUUUCAUAAUUGGCGUCUUUCCUAUUGUAAUAGUAAGUCCCUAUUCUUAUAACUUAAUUUCUUAUAGGUAUAUAUGACAGACAGUCUACAAUAUAAUUAUUAAAGACUAUUCAAAUUAAAGAAAAACAAAUUACAUAGCUCGUGAUCAGCUUAGUGCGGAAUAUAAUGACGGGCGGGUUUUGGCGGCAACACCGCCUGCGACAUUCCUUAGAAAACGGGAGCGCGGGAAUCAAUAAAGGAUUUCCUGGCGGCGUGCCCACGCAUGUGCGUUCCGGUGAGCACGAGUGCUGCUGCUGCGGCGACCACACUGCUCCCGACCCUGCCGCGGCCACGACCCUCUAUGCCACGCUCAAAUUUUACUCCCAACUUACAGGUAUUUCAGGAUCAAUUAAGCUGAUUACCAUCACCAAGGACCGCGUCGGUCGCUGACCAUCAACCCUCUGAACGAAUAAAUCUCAGUAAUAAGUAGUAGGCUGUGUUAUUGGGCGUAUGAUCGGCGCGCAACGCCACUGCGGCUGCGGGGCGCGGACGGCGGCGGGGGCGGCGGCCGGCGCGGCGGCGCGCUGCCGGCAAGCUUCCCGCGCGGCACGUUUGUCCUCGCCCGCGGUUCGCCCGCACCACCGUCUCGGUCCGACCUAACCUGAUAUUUUACACACUCGAUGACUCACAAACAUACCCGGCUCUGACACUAGGGGAGUGUAGUGCGAUCGUGUUAGAUGUGAGCGGGAGUGCUGUGUGGUUCUGGUGCCUGUGAUGUGGGGAGUGCGAUGGCGCUGAGAGGCAGCAUGUCGCCUCUGGCGCUGUUCAUGCCUCUGCUAGCGGUCGCCGCGCUUGCAAACCAGUUAGAGGACAUACCCCACAAUGAAGUCAAAAACUGGGCGUUGAAAUUCGGCGUGGAUUUAUGGGAAUUCGGAAGGCACUUUACCAAAAUGAAUCAAAUACAAAACAAAUACCACGAGUAUAACGUGGAGGUGGCGCGCAAGGACGGGCUGCUGCUGGUGCGGGAGCUGGCCGCCGAAGUCAAGAACCACAUGGACUUCAAAAUUAACGCCGUCAUGCGUAUUAUGGACUCUGCGGAGGCGGCGGCGCUGUCGUCGGGCGGCGCGGACGGCCCGGGCGCGUACUACGACGCGCGAUGGCUAAACGUGCACGCCGACGACGGCACACUGGCCGCGCGAGCACGCCGCCUCGUGCUCGCGCCCAGCCGACACUUCGACCACAUCGCCGUUAACGCGAGCUACAGCGCAGUGCUGAUGCCGCCCUACAUCAACGUUGAAAACGGCGACGUGCAGAAUCAGAUCGCGUGGUCCGAGCACCUCGACCCCCUGUUUGUGAACAACUACGAGAUCGACCCUUCGCUGUCGUGGCAGUACUAUGCCUCAUCCAGUGGCUUCAUGAGGCGGUAUCCAGCCAUGUCAUGGCCGCCUGAAGACGGCUAUUCGCACCACGCGCGCGAUUUCUACGACUUCCGCUCCUCCAACUGGUUCGUGGAAGCGGCCACUUCUCCCAAAGACCUGGUCAUCCUUUUGGACGACUCGGACGACCUCGGUUCUUCAUACUGGAGGCUGGCUAAGGCUACAGUCUCUGGAUUACUGGACACUCUCGGCCCGAAUGACUUCGUAAACGUGUACCGGUAUAGCGAUACCGUGUCGGAGAUACAUUCGUGUUAUACGAAGAUUUUGGCUCAGGCUGUGCCGGAAACGAUAAGGGAGCUGAAAACCGCGCUGUGGGGCGCCGAGGCGACGGGUGGAGCGGCCAAUCUGACUGCAGCGCUCACUACUGGCUUCGAAAUUUUGCAUAGGUAUAACCGCACCGGGCUGGGCUGUCAAUGUAACCAAGCCAUCGCGGUGGUGGGCGCGGGCGGCGGCGCGGCGGGCGUGAAGGGGGUGUUCCGUACGUGGAACUGGCCGCACAUGCCCGUGCGCAUCUUCAGCUAUGGCGUGGGCGGCGACGCUGCUUCCAGUCACAGCAUGAAGGACAUGGCUUGCACUAACAAAGGAUUCUACGUGUCGAUAAACGAGCACUCGGAGAUCAGACCGAAGGUGUUGCAUAUGAUCGAGGUGUUGGCACGACCACUGGUCAUGUACCAGACUAUGCAUCCUGUGCAUUGGAGCCCAGUUUACGUCGGCGGAAGGAGCAGUAACCUGGACGACGAUGGGAUGGGCCAAUUAAUGACGUCAGUAACGGUGCCGAUUUUCGACAGGAGAAACCAUACGCAUCGGGAAGCUAAUCUACUCGGUGUGGUGGGCACAGACGUACCUGUCGAUCAAAUAAAGAAGCUCGUUCCACCAUAUAAGUUAGGAGUAAACGGUUACUCGUUCAUGGUGGAUAACAACGGGCAUGUGUUAUAUCAUCCGGAUCUGAGGCCUUUGUAUACCAAUGAGGAAUACACUGAGACGCUCCGUCCGCUGUAUUCGAGCGUGGACCUGACAGAUGUAGAGCUCCUCGUGGACGCCGACGAGAACUCACGCGUCAACCUCACAUCUCUGCUGCUCGAUCUACGACACGACAUGAUUGAGCAACGCGAGGGCGAAACUGAGAUCGGUGUGAAAGUGCAAUAUGGCAGCAUGCGACGCGUAGCCACGCGCCGACAGCGUUAUUUCUACAGUCCAGUAGAAGGAACACCAUACUCGCUGGCAAUAGUACUGCCUGACGGCUACGGCAUGUACGAGCUGCAGGCCGAGCAGGAGGUCAAGCACAGUCCGAUCAACGUUACUGAAUAUUUUAAAGGAGAUAACUGGAAAAUUCACCCAGAAUGGGUGUACUGCGAGUACGCAUCGACGUCCGACCAGACAUUCAACUCUGCGGAGGAACAGUUACUGCACUUCCUGGCGCGCGCGGGCCGCCCCGGCUGGAAGUGGAUGAGCCUGCGCCCGCGCGCGCUCACGCUGCACAACAUGCACAAGAAGCAGGACAGGGAUUCCUACUACUGUGACAAGAAUUUAGUUCAAUCACUCGUACGGGAUGCUAUGGUAAUAAAAGAAUUGGACGCACACACUGGACACGCGAGCCACCACAACCACCCGAUAGCAACUUUAAUGGCACUGCUGACAAGGCAAGGGCGGUUCCACAAGUUCGUGGUCACGAUGUCGUUCAUCGCCACCCGCAGCGGCCUCUUCCGGUGGACCGACAACAACAACAGCACGAGGACUGGAGAUACCUCUGAACCUCACUUCAGCGAGCGCUACGCACGCGCGUUCGACUCGGAGUGGUACCGACGCGCCGUGGAGCACCACAACAUAGAGCCGGAGAGCUUCGUGUUCUCGGUGCCGUUCCGCGACGCUGCAGAGUCCGCCGCGCCGCCGCUGGUCCUGGCCACGCACGCCGUGUUCGUGGAGUCGCGCGGCCACCGCGCCCCCGCCGCCGUCGUCGGCCUGCAGUUCCAGCUGGACUCGCUUGCCAAGCACUUCCUCAACGUUACAUCCACGUGCACAGCGGGUACAGUCUGCAAGAAGACGUGCGCAGGUGAUGCGCUCGACUGCUAUAUUCUGGACGAUAACGGUUUCAUCAUCCUAUCGGAGGACGCGGCGCAGACCGGCCUGUUCUUCGGGCAGGUGGACGGUACUAUCAUGGACUCGCUCGUGCAGGACCGCAUCUACAAAAAAGUCACAGUUCAUGAUCGUCAGGGACGCUGUCCGGACUCUAGGAACCCGUUCAGUGGGGAUGGAAAUAAACUGACGCCGUUAAAGCCCCUAUCGUGGCUUGGAGGAUAUCUCACCAGUUUAAUAGCUGUCUGGUUUCCGCUGUGGCAGUCAGCCAAAGCUCACGCUCACCCAUAUGCGGACGAUGAUAUAGCUGACACAUCGGUUAACGAAGACUACGAAGACUACGAACACGACGGCGACGAGGACCCCGACGAAGAGGAGCGCGACCGUGGCAAAUACGAGAUCAUCAUCGACGGGUACGGCGCGGAGCAGCCGGCGGAGCGGCCGGCCGGCGCGCCGCGCGAGCCGCCGCGCGAGGCCGCGCGCUCCGCCGCCGUGCGCCCGUGCGACACCAGCGCCGAGCUGUUCACGCUGCAGUCCACGAGGCUCAACGCUGCGCAGCCGCUCAAAGGAAAGCUGACCAACUGCCACAACUCCGGAUGCGAGAGACCGUUCAGCGUACAAAAGAUCCCGCACAGCAACCUGAUCCUGCUGGUGGUGGACACGCUGUGCCCGUGCGGCGCCAAGCGGCUGGACGUGCGCGCGCGCGAGGCGCCGCCGCGCACCGUGUGCCGCCGCCACCCCGCGCACGCCGCGCGCCGCCGGCCCCGGCACUGCGUCUCCUACCACCCGGAGGAAAUCGAAAUCCUUUCGUGCGGCCGCGGCUCGAGUACUCGGGCGCCGUGGGCUCUGCUGCUAGCGACGGUGACGGCGCUGCGGUGGCUGGCGCGCGGCACGUGACUGCCCGCCCGCCCUUGCUAACUCCAUCUUUGCUAGAACGCGAGCCCGGAGCUCGAGCUCAUCGGAAAAACCCGCUAAAUGUUCCAGCCUCUUUGUUAUAUCCUACUAACACAAAUUCUACUCGUUCGAGAGCUUCGAGGUAUUGUUGUUCAGUGCUUCAGUGUGAGGACAGUUGGCGAGCGCUCCCGGGCGGGCCGGCGGAGCACCGCAGCCGCGCCCUCGAGUUCUCCUAGGUUACGUCGCGCGGAACCACGAGUUUUGAUCUAUUUUACCGACUGAAGUUUUGGUCCGACCAAAUGAACUUUUGACCUUGUUUUGAGACAGGACGAUACUCGAUUUAGGAAACGAUAUUAAAUAAAAUAUUUCUCCCUCUCGGUUAAGUUGACACUUUUCUUAUUGCGGCCGACGCCGCCGCGUGCAGUAAUAGGUAGGUAACGAAUAUCUUGUUAAAUUUAAAUCGGAGAUUAUCACAAACUUGGAGAUCUUAUAAAUUAUAGCUAAUGUUAAUAGAUAUGGAAAGAUAAAUUAAUGUAAAAUAAAGAUAUGGUUUAAAACUGUUUUAGAAAAAUUUACCUAUGUUGAUCCGAAACUCGAUUUAUUUCUUGAUAUCUGUCAUUCACAUAUUUAUAUCGCUAAACUUAUUGACUAGUUGCAUAGGGUUGAUGUAAAUAAGAAAUAUUUUAUUUGUAGGCAGUUCUUUUGCUGAUUUUAUGUGUGCCUGUGCGUGUAACCUGAUAGUCGUGGUGUCGAGGACACACUGGUAUACUGAUUGCUGUUACCUAUUUUAUAAAAUUACAUACUAGUGGCGCCAGGGUGCCUUCUUUAGGCUCUGUGAGACAGUCACAACAUUGGCAGCCCAUUCAAUGCAACUGUUAAUCUGACUAAUUGUUUUUUUUUAUAUAUAAACGUGCGGCUACAGUCACAUGUGAACAGCCAGCAGAUGAAGUGGCUAGCGAGAGAGGUGUCUAAAAUGAUCUGCACCAGCUCUUAUUUUCUUAACAAUAAAGUUGUGUUCAGAUCACUGUGAAUACUUCGGCCGCUUAGCUUCUUAUGCUGUUGACUGAUCAAACGAACAGGAGCCGCAGCCGGCGCUACUCCUCGACACCGCGAUGUGCCCACUUUCAUACGAGUACGUCUAGUUGUUAGUGAUUUUCUCGCCUAAUCUUCAAAUAAUGCUGUAAUUGGGGAAUCUGUAAACAAUUCCAUAUUUUUAUUGUAAAUAUUUUACUAACUUAAAUGGCCUACUACAAUUUUAGAACGUGUGUUGCUAAUAUUUAAGUCGUUCUAUAAUUAAAUUAAUGAAACUACGUCAUUUCGAUUCGACUACCACGCACCCACUUUAAGUUGUACUGCAUAAUCCAUUUAGCAAUAAAUAACAUCGUCAUUUCAUUUCAUCUUUAUUCUGUAAUUCUGAGAGACAAGAAUAUUAUUCAAAAUCAACAUUUUUACUUUGAUAUAAAAGUUUGAUGUUUGGCAGUAUUAACAAGAUAAGCUCAUACUUACACUUGUUUGUAUUUGAUAUAAAUGUGAAUCUAAAUAGAAUUAAAGUUGAGAUCCCUUAUACCUUACCUAUCGAAUAUAGACAUUUUAUAUGUAUAUCAUAUCAAAUAGUACCUAUUUAUAAUGUAGUAUACGAGUCGCAGCUUGCUAUUGUCCGUUAAGUGUAUAAUUCCAAACGUUUGAAAUAGUACAAAAGCCAUAGCUACAUAUAUAAAAUAGUUAACACACUGGAAGUGCCAAACCACGUCUACCUAUUAUUUCCGAUCACAGAUUUUAGUGAGUUCGUGAAAAUUUUAUAAACGCCUGUUACAGGGGUUUAUACAACGGAGCCUGAGUUUACGCAUGAAAGAAAUCAUUUUUUGAAAUCCUGAAUACUCUGGAUAUUGUAGUUGUACUAUGUCGCUGCUACACGGCAAUAUAAUUUAAAUAUGCAUAUCAAAUAAUUAAAAGCGACAUGGUACUUACGAUAAUGUCCAAAUGUUAAUACUGACCACGUUGCUAAUCCCGAGGACAAUGGUAAGCGACUACUUGUCCAUCAGAUGUUGGUCACAGCGAUCCGUUCUAUCUACCUACCUACCUUUAACCUUGUUCUUCGGAUGCGUUUAAUGUUUUCCGUGUUAAAUAGGUACCUAUACAAAUUAUCGCUGAAACACCAACAAGAGAAAUUGGCAAUUAGAUAUUAAGGUAGGUAUGUGCGGCAAGAUAGCUGAGAACGACGCAAAUGUAUCAUCGACUAGAUCGGUCAUAUCACGUAUCGUAACAUACACAUAUUCAAAAUAUAAAGAUAAUUGUUGGAGGGCGAUUUUGAGAAAUUGUACAUUUUGUAUAAAUAAUACAGUAAGGAGUCGAUAUAAUGGCGUAGUAGAGGUUUGUUGUACGGGUGAGUGGCGAAUGACGAACGACUGGUAAUUGAAUUGCUUCUAGCAAGCGUCGAGUCUUCCAUAGCAGUCGAACGCGUCUCGAGUGUUUACUAUAACGUCUAAGUAUUAAACGAUAAUAAUAUAGCGUAUACCUAACAUAGCAUAGCUGAGCCCGACGGGCGCGGGGCGGAGAGGGUUUUUUUACUGGCACUUGGCGGGAUUUAGUUUUACGAGAAUAUAGACACAAAACGAAUACCUCGUUUAGUUACGCAAAUCGUAAAUAGCUAGACAGAAUUGUGAUUAUUUCGCGUUUAUUUCUUAAACAUAUCAAUUCAGGCACCAAAGAAAACUAUAGUAUAAGCGAUUAAUAAUUGAUUCUAUGUGACUUUUUAAAUAAGUUAAGUUUACCUACCUACUUACAAGUGGAACAGUGAUCUCAAAAAAUCUUUGCCACUUUUAUAUAUAUCUCAUUAUUGGUGUUGUACGUUUCGCUCGGAAUGGAAAAGCUGUUUUUCAUAUUCUCACAAUUCCCUCAUUAUAAUAUUUUCAUUAUAGUUGAUACAAAACUUUUGAGGAAUUAUUUAAAGUCUGUUUUAGAAUUAGGUCCGUCAGCCCAACUAUUUUGACGUCACUGUUUUUAAUAUUAUUUCUAGUAUUUACGUAACAAGUUGUAUGAUUGGUAUAGUUCUAUUAUUGGGCACAGCCACUCUGUGAACAUGGUUCUUUAGUGUGAGUUUAGAGAAGUACCUACUCUUCUUUUGUUAAUUGCCAGAUCAUGCUAUAGAUAUACGGUAAUUAAAACAAUAAAAUUCUCUUAUAAACAUUGUGA